AAAUGGCCUCUUGAUAUGUCCUCAAAUUUCUGCUCCAAGCCGGUGGAUGUGUCCAAGUUUGGGAUCAUUUAUGCUGGGGCUCAGAAAAACGUGGGUCCAUCCGGAGUGACCGUUGUGAUCAUCAGGAAGGAUCUGAUUGGCAAUGCUCAAGAGAUCACACCUGUGAUGCUGGACUUCAAGAUUCAUGAUGAGGACAAGUCUCUGUACAACACACCACCAUGCUAUGGUAUUUACAUGUGUGGGUUGGUGUUUGAGGACUUGCUGGAGCAGGGUGGUUUGGGUGAGAUUGAGAAGAAGAACAAGAGGAAGGCUGAUCUUUUGUACAACGCCAUUGAUGAGAGCAAAGGGUUUUACAGGUGCCCAGUUGAGAAGUCUGUGAGGUCAUUGAUGAAUGUGCCCUUCACGUUUGAGAAGUCAGAGUUGGAAGCUGAGUUUGUGAAGGAGGCAGCUAAGGAGAAGAUGGUUCAGCUCAAGGGGCAUAGGUCAGUGGGAGGGAUGAGGGCUUCUAUUUAUAAUGCCAUGCCUUUGGCUGGGGUUGAGAAGUUGAUUUCAUGAAGGAUUUCCAGGCAAAGCAUGCUUAAGAUAUAGUAGCAUACAUUACUGGUAGAGUUAACGCAUCUUUGGUUUGUUGUGUUUGCUAUAUUUUUGUUGUUGAAUGUGAGUGGACAACAGCAAGAAGUUUGUCUGCAUAUGUUUUUGAAA